AUAUAUAAAACUUUACGAUUUUGAUCAUUUGGAGUAUAUUCUAUGGUAUUGAAAAAGUAGCGUCGCUUCAUUUACAGUUGAAAAACUGAUGACGCCAUAUUGUGAGAAUAACAGUAUAUGUGAAUUUCCUAAUUUUAAUUAACAUUUUGAUUAACAUUUUAUCAUGACUAACGACUCAUCAGACGAGAGAGAUCGUUCUCGUGAAAGACCUCGCCGAAAUGAUAGAGAAAGGGGUAACCGCAAUUCAGACAAUACUCGAGAUCGUAGCAUUGAUAGAGGCAGAGAUCGAGGCACCAAAUCAUCAGGAUGUAGGGUGUAUGUAUCUAAUAUUCCUUAUGAGUUUCGUUGGCAGGAUCUCAAAGAUUUGUUCAGAAUUGAAGUUGGCGAUGUCCAAUUUGUCGAAUUAUUCGUUGACGAUAAAGAUAAACCGAGAGGUUGUGGAAUUGUUGAGUUUGCUGAGAGUAGUUCUGUUAAGAAAUGUCUUGAAGUGAUGCAACGAUUCGAAGUAAAGGGUCGUAAAUUGGUCAUCAAAGAUGAUAAUGGUAACGUCAGAGACAAACAAGGAAAUAUUACCAAACGUGGAGUUGUCACUAAUAGAGAUGAAGGGAGGUUCCACAGAGACAGCGGUUUCAAUUCUCAUAACGCUUCCUUUGUUGGUCGAUCUGUUCCUAGUGACAACACAUAUGGGCUAAGUCCAACUUUUUUAGAAUCCCUAAGAAUUGAUCUUCCCCUUUCUAAUAGGGUUUUUGUGGCUAAUUUGGAAUACAACGUCGACAAGAAGAAGCUGAAAGAAAUAUUUAGACUAGCAGGAAGGAUUCAAAGAGUUGAAUUGCACACGGACAAAGAUGGCAGGAGCAGAGGCUUUGCCGUUGUGGAAUACGAACAUCCAGUGGAAGCUGUCCAAGCUAUAUCUAUGUUCAACGGUCAGACUCUGUAUGAAAGACAGAUUGCAGUUCGAAUGGAUAGAGUGUACGAUUCUAACAAAUUACCCGAAGGACUGAAGAGUAUCGGAAUGGGGCUUGGAAGUAACGGGGAACCUCUCAGAGACGUGGCUAGAAACUUGCCCAGUGCAAAUUCCCAGUCCGGUUUGGGAUCCGGGAUCCUUGGAACGGUACCCAAUUCUGCUCUGCAGGUAGCAAAUGCUUUAACCGGUUUGAACAAUAUCAAUCCAGCUGCAUUAUCAAACUUGGGAAGCAGUGGUAUGCUACAGGCGGCGAACUUGGCAGGGGGUCUGACUGGAAACCUUUUAAGUGGGGCUCUGGGUGGAAGUGACCUCUCUUUGGCUAAUAGCCUGAUGUCGAACCCUCUGGUCCAAUCUUCCAACCAGCUAGCAGCUUUGAACAACCUGAAUAGUUCCUCCGCUCCAUUUGGGCGUUCCGAAUCUGGAUUUGGUAACGGAAGAGAUAAUAACAGAUCAUUUUCGUCACAGUAUGAUUCAGGUAAUCAGAAGGCACCUUUUGGAGGAUACAAUGACAGGGAAAGUAACUCGUAUAAUAAUACGAGAGGAGGAAAUAACUCUAACAAGAACAACAGUGGAUUCUCGAGGAAAAUCUCUGUUUCAAAUUUGCCAGCUUCAGCCAGUUUCAAGAUGCUCCUUGAAAAGUUUUCAGAGUUUGGCGAAGUGCAACAUUUUGAGGAAAAAGCUCCCGGAACUAUGCUUGUCAUGUAUGCUAACGAAUGGCAAGCCGAAAGAGCUAUAAAAAAUUUGGAUAGGGCACGUAUUGAUGGUAGGACUAUUGAAGCCCGAUUCUUCAUUUGAAUUAGUUAUUGUGGAGACUUGAAUAUAUAAAAGUUCAUUUCUUUUAGAAUGUAUAUUUUAAUUUUUAAUUCAAUGAACUGAAAACGUAAUGUCUGUGUGCGUAUGCCUCUGAAUCUGUUGAAUAAAAUUUUCCAACAAA